UUUUUUUCGUAUUUCAUUCGGCGCCAGAGUCAAGAAAAUCCGACCACUUUCUUCAGUGCGCACUUCCAAUGCGAGUCGUCACUCCAUUCCAGUGGAACUCCAGCGGAUGGGCACAUGGUUUUUGUCCGCCACCAGCGACCAACUAACACUCAGUUGUCUUCGCGACUUGAACAGGUGCGGACGUCGCUGCUCCUCGAAUUCAUAUUCGAAACUCUUUUCAAAUCUUUUGUGCGUGCAGUUUAAGAUCGAAGAAAGCGCCGCGGCGCUCGCUGACAUGAAGUUAAUUGACGUGAUUAUAUACCUAAUUGCCAUUUUGAUCUUCAUCUAUUUGCUGCUGGAGUAGCAGAAGAAGCCAAAAGUCGCUCGACAUUCGCCCCAGAGCUUUCUACACUCUACCAGAUCCAUCAGCCAGCCAGCCAGCCAGCUACCCGACAAUAAAACAGCGAAAAUCUCUAGCAAAUCCAAAAGAAGAUGAGGCCAUUCCUGCUGUUCGCACUGCUCCUGGCGCUGGCUAACUGCGAGCAGCGUCCGCUGGUCUUCACCAACUGGCCACCGAAGAGCUCCAAGCAGCUGAGUCGUCCCGUCAUCGGAGCUGGAGGUCCUGGAUCCGCUGGAGCGCCUGGGAAGCAGCGCACGCUGGUCGUCCAAAUACACAGCGAUCAACCGGUGCCCUUGGUACUGAAGGGUCGUCCUGGACAUGGAGCGCACAGCCAUGCCGCCCAUCUGGCCCAUCCGCACUCCGUGCAUCCUGCCCAUGUUCUGUCGCACGCUCAUUCACAUGCCCAUCUUCACUCGCAUCCGCUGAUCCAUGUGCCACAUCAGUAUCAGCAUCAGCACCUGCGCGGACCACCGCGUCCCAUGAAGCUGAGUGGUCCGUCGCCCGUGUACCUGAAGCCAGCUGGAUCUCUACGGAAACCACUGAAGAUCAAACUGAACAAUGUGAAGCCCAAGACGAAACCCACAUUCGGAUACGACAAACCCUUUAAGUACGAGAAGCCCACUGCUGUGAGCUACAGCGAACUGCAGAAUCUGCCGCUGGACACGCACAACAACUUCAACACCGAGCACUUUGCACCCAUUUACACGGUACCCGCACCGAACCUGGCCGACAAUCACCUGGACGUGGAGGAGGGUCAUCUUGACACCUCCUACCUGUACAAGCCUCCUUCCCAGACCCAGAUCCAAACACCAUCCUCCUCAGCCCGACCCCAGACAUAUUUGCCACCGAAGUACAGUGUGCAUGAGGACGAGACCAAUGACCAAACCAUUCGCGAUCCCAUUUCGGGUUCGCAGAAACUCUUUGCCCCAGAUCCAGAUCCCUCGCUGCCUACCACCAAGAUUCGCCCCGCCACCGAAUCCUUCAAUACGCCCAGCAACAACAAACCGCUGCCCGCCGACGUCCAGAGCAACCAUCUGCCCGCCCAGCCAUUGGUUCAGAUUGUGGGAGCCCAGACGGCAGCCCAAACGGCGCCAGAAAUCUAUCCCAUUCAGUAUGCCCAGCCGGCGGUGCAGUCCCAGUCCUUUAUCGCCGCCAUUCCGGCUGCCCACAUUCCCAUCUACAAUCCCACCUACCUGGUGACGCAGUCCAACCAACUGUACUCGGCCCACAAGCAGCAACUCUUUAAGCCCAGCUCGGAACCGGUGGUGGAAACGGGUUACGUGAACGCCGAUCUCACCCAGGAGGUGGCUAGCAAUGGACAGAUAUUGCAGGCAGCCAAGGAUCCACAUCACAACAUCCAUCCUGUGCUUGAUUCGGCGCCACAAUAUGCUGCUCUUAUUGCCGCUCCGGCACUGGGUGAUCCCAAUGAGGGUGCCUACGAGACGGCCUCCUUCCACCUGCCCAAUGUGGCGUCAGCGGUCACUGCCUCGGUUCCGGAAGGCGGCUUCGUGGUGUCCAACUUCUAUGGCCAUGCCCACGACUCGUCCCAAUUGCUGCAGGCCUACGCAGAGGAGGAGGCACGUCGCCAGCAACUGGAAACAGAGCAAGCCGCCAUUGAGCUGCAAAAGCAGCAGCAGUUGCAUCUGGAGGAGCUUAAGGCACAGGCCCAGGAGCAGCAGCAGCAACAUCAGUUGCAUCUGGAGGAGCUGAGGGCUCAGGCUCAGUACCAGCAGCAGCAACAGCAGCAGUUCGAGGUACUGCAGGCCCAGGCACAGGAGCAACACUUGCAGCAGCAACACCAGCAGCACCAGUUGCAGCUCUUGCAACUGCAGCAGCAGCAACAGCAGUUGCAGCAACCAGUGCAGCACCAUCCGCCGCAGCAGCUGCAACAACAGCAGCAGCAGCAGCAGGUGGCUCAGGAUCCAGCAGCAAGUGCAUUCGAGGAGCACCAGCGAUUGGUGCAGCAGCAACUUGGCGCCAACACGCCACUUCGCAUCUUUGUGCCCGACGAGGAGGCCGCCGAAUCGCGACUACAAAAGAGGUCGGAUGAUGUGAAAAAGGGCACGGUGGAGGAUGUGUCUAGUACGGGUCAGAACGACGGCGACAGCGAGGAGUCAGCCAAAGAUUUGUUCGAGGUAUCCACCUCCGUCGAAGUGGCCGGCGAGCAUCUCACGGCCAGCAGUAAUUAGUUAAGGCACUUUUAGUCUUCGACGCUGUUCAAAAAUAUUUAUUUACACACUCAUUUGUAAAAACGCAUUCAUAUAGCGAGCAGUCGGUAGUUAAUAAAAAUAACCAUUAAUUUAUUCAAA